ACCAUUAGGCAUGUUUCAGGGCGAGUGGCGAAUUCUGCUUGGUGUGCGUAACGUCUCUUGAAAGCUUGGCAGCGCUACACGUUUGGGUAGCUCUCGCUUGAUGCCCGAUGUCAACCACUCGCUGGCGUCUCUGCGGAAUGCCGCGGACCUUCAGCGGGCCUGCGAAUCCGACAAGGAAGGGUGCUGACGAAUUCCCUGCAAUCUACGAUAGGUUAACUGACGAUCCUCGUGGAAGAAGCAUGGACGUGCGGCGAAUUCAAUGACAUUCUGUGCCUUGUUCGCGACAUCAGGCACAUAACGCGCACGGACCAUGGCAUAAUGGGAUGCACAGGAAACGCACAGGAGGCCGAUGCCGUGCCUUCCCGCAAAUCAUUACGAGCAUCAAGAUCACGGAGACGGCCUUGACACGCAUCACACAUCAAAUACCACAUCAUGGCAGGCACUCUUCCUUCAACAGCAUUGCCACGGCCUUACCAUCACAAUCAUCAUCACCACCACCACCACCCUAUAUCACGGCAAUGACACUCAGGGUGCCACGUUUACCGCCGACGUUCGAUAUCUCAAUUCAGACGAUCGUGGAUGGCGUCAACCGCGAGCGUAGCUCAGCUCGUUUCCGCCGUGUCAGAAGCAGCACUAUUUCCGCGAAGUUGCUAGCUCGUAGCCUCAUCCGUCUAGAGCUCACUGAAGGCGAUGAGCUUGUGCGCCUGUUGCGAACCUGUCCCCCUGCGAACGCGGCCCCGCGCGCCCUCGCGCGCCGUUCUGUCGGAGAUAAACAGUACAUCGAUUCAGGAAGCAACGCUGACAGGCGUCAGUUGUCAUCCAGGAUCCGACUAUGGGUCGGAAGCGUUGCAGAUUCAGUUGCAGGGCACAGACAGAGAAGGACGAAGCAAGACACGUUGCAGCGCUUUCAAGCCACUCCGCGGGCCGCACAUAUUCCGGACACGACGAUCAGUUUCGCGCGAAUAUGCGUAGCGUCUGCUACGGGCGAGUACAAGCACUUAACGGGGGUUGAGCUCUGACAUGCUGCGGCCCAAGCAACGCAGACUGUCGUUAUCAGAAUGUCAGCGUGACCACAAGAUGCCGCUCGAAUUUGAUUCACCCAACACACGUUACCUAUUCGGGCUCAUGUUCGGUCGGACUAUCCCCCACUGCACAAAUGAUGAGGCCAGAAUGCGUGAACCACACGUGGAUGCCCUGGACCCAUGAAACGAGCGUC